CAGCUCCUCCUGUUGACGUCGAACUAAAUAGGAAGAGGAUGUUGUAAAAGGUGGAUUAAGCUCACACCGGUGGACUGUGUCGCUGGCAGGCGUCUUGUUGAUGAUCAGGACUGAAUGGCAGAGACACCCCGUGAGCACCGGCUAUAUCCGGGUACCGGAAGAAACGGGUUCUUCGUCAACGGCGAGGAUGACGUCAUUAACGUGAAGGAGAGCAGCACACAGACGGAGGGCAAAGUGCAAGGUCAUGGACCGAGACUGUCCAAAGUUAACCUCUUUACAUUACUGAGUCUUUGGAUGGAGCUUUUCCCCAGGAAGGAAUCUCAGAGACGAGACAAUGCAUCUGUGCAAGUCACCGGCUUGGUGGUGGUCCAUGAGCAAAGAAUUUUGGGUCUUCAUUGCACUGGAGCAGAGCUUCAUGCCGGUCAGGUGGCUGUAAUCAGACAUGGGCCCAGACUAAAGGGGUGUGAACUUUAUUUCUCCAGAAAGCCUUGUUCUGUCUGCCUCAAGAUGAUCAUCAAUGCCGGAGUGAACAGGAUCUCUUACUGGCCGGCUGAGGCUGAGAUCAGUCUGCUGUCUGACAGAAGCAGUGCAGCAGGUUCUCGUCUCCAGGAAGCUAUGCUGGAUGCAGCCGCCACUGAAAAGCUCAAAUCCAGCAGCAGGCCACACAUCGGUGUGCUGCUCCAACCUCUACCCAACUCCAUGCUUCAGUUUGUAGAGGAGACGUCUCGCAACAGUGACUUUCUGGGCAGAAUGGCAGCUGAUGAUCACACCAUGGAUGUCCACGAACUCUUUAGGAAAGAGCGCUGGAGGAACUGGGACAGUUUUUCUAAAAGGUUUGUGAUUGAGAAUGUGGAGGUGCACAGGGAGCUGCUCAGUAAGAUGAACCUAGAGAACUUUUGCACAGAACCAUAUUUCAGUGAGCUGCGGCAGCACAUGAGGGAUCUGAUUCGGAUUCUGGCUUGUGUGGCUGCUAGUGUUCCCGUACCCGAGCACGAAUACGGGUUCUAUGAGACAGAACAAACAACAAGUGGAUAUAGGACAUUAUCCCAGGAUGUUGUGCGACACUGCAUCAUCCAGGCAGCAGUGCUGGCGUACAGAACAGAAGAUCCUAAAGUGGGAGUAGGUACAGUGAUUUGGGCAGAAGGUAAACUGCCUCAUUGCGAUGGCACGGGGAACAUGUACCUGGUGGGAUGUGGUUAUAACGCCUAUCCUGUGGGAUCUGAGUACGCUGAGUUUCCUCAAAUGGACGACAAGCAGGAAGAGAGACAGCGCCGUAAAUACCGCUACAUCAUCCACGCUGAGCAGAACGCACUCACGUUCAGGAGUGCGGAUGUUAAGGAGGAAGAGAACACAAUGCUCUUCGUUACUAAAUGCCCGUGUGAUGAAUGUGUGCCUCUGAUCCAAGGCGCCGGCAUCAAACAAAUCUACACUACGGACCUGGACAGCGGGAAAGACAAACACGACAUCUCUUACAUCAACUUCAACCGGCUCCGCGGCACCCGCAGGUUCAUCUGGCAGAAGUUGGGUGUGAUCAGAAGUGCUUCUGAACAAACUGGUCCGGCUUUAUCAAAUGGCUGCGUGAAGAACAGAAGAGAGGAACCUGCAGACUGUCAGUGCAAUAAGAGGCUGAAAAAGUGAGGAAUAACUAAGACUGAGGGAAUCAGUCUACAACACGCGUCAUCCUUCUGACUGAACAAUUAUUAAGACGUUAUUGAGGUGGACCGUAGUGUCGAGAGAAGUGAAACUAUAACAUUAAAAUGGCAGUUACGUAUUAACUACACAUCAUAUGAAACAUAUUUUUAGAUGACAACAUACUGUAAUCUUUCCGUUUGCUUGUUGAAUGGAUUUAUUUUUUAGAUUUAAUUAUUAUGCACUAAGAAAAAGCACCCAUUUUGUAGAUGAAGCCCCAAAAGCAUGCACAAUGAAUCAUUUCAUUUGCACAGCAGUCAGAUUUUAACGAUUAUUAGUAAUGUAUUAAUUUAAUUUUAAAAUAGAACUUUUGAUUGUGACAUCAUUUAUUAACCGUGUGUGUGUUUCUCUUGUUUGUAAAAGGUAAAUAGAACAGAUAUUAUCAUCAUUUUUCUGUUACUUCUGAUUGCUUAAGAAAUUGAAAUACAAUAAACAGAGUAUUGGGCUUCAUUUUUGGCCUGAUUUCAACAUGCCACUAAACCUUUAAUGCACCAUGUUUAUUUCAUGUAAAAUCUUUCAGUUUAAAUCUUUUUUUUGGUUAAGCUUCAAACACUGAACGUGACACAAGAAUGUAUCUCCUCAGUGCAUUACAUAGCAAUUCAUCAAGCAGGAAUCUCUCACUCAACAGCUGUCUCUAAAGCAGUACAACAGGAAGGAGCCAUGUUUCUAAUUGAUAAAUUACUGGCAAGUGCCCGAGUGCUUUCGAGGCCUAUGACAGUAUUUUAGUGUGACACCAGUGAAAGUGAAAUUCAAUUAAUUGAAGAAUUACACUGAUUUCUGUCACACAGAAUAUAAUCUUCUGUUCUGAAUGCAAAAGGAAGUGAGAGCAAUGCGAAGGUUUUGCUUUUCAGUGUGUAAAGUUUGGUAUAUUUCAGAAUUUAAACGGACUCUCACAAUGUUUUACUACUGUAUGCAGCAGUUGUGGAUCGAUAUUAAAGUCUGGUAAUAUGUU